UUGGAGGACAUAGGGAAGGCCAUGGUCGAGGACCGGGGGACUUUGGAGCUAUUGAUGCUAAUGAUGAAGAGAUUUUAUGAGCAAGCCACACCUGUUAUUCUUGUUGAGGUACCUCCUUUGAUUAUUGUGCUAGACGUUGAGGACUCUAUUAAUGAGGAUAAGGGUGAUGAUGAGGAGGAAGAAGGCAAUGAUGAUGUGGGUUAUGGUGACAAGCUAGAUGAGUAG